AUGGCAUAUUGGACAGUCUCAUUAAAAGGUGGUCCAAAACGAGCUAAUCAAGCUGCCGCUGCAUUAGGCUGUAGGAUUUACUCAUUUGGAGAAUUUGAUUAUGCCGAUGAGUCAUCUCGUAGUCCGGUAUUUGGUAUACAUGUUCUGAAUACCGAAUCCUAUCGUUGGCAUCAAUUAUUAGCAACAUCAAGCAGUUGCUUAUAUUUGCCAUUAGAACGUUAUGCAGAAGUACAUCGGAAUCAAGCUGCAAGAAAUGCUGAUAACAAUGAUAAUGAUAAUGAUAGUGAUGGUGAUAUUGCCAAUGAUAAUGAUAGUGGUAACGAUGGUGCCAGAGAUAAUAAUAAUGAUGGUGACAGAGAUAAUGGUAAUGAUAGUGGCAGUAGCAAUCAUAAUAAUAACGGUAGUGACAAUGAUAAUGAUAACGAUAUUGACAUUGAUGACGAUAAUGAUAAUAAUGAUACGCAUGAGAAUUUGGUGGCUUAUAAUGAAACUCCACAUUAUCGAAUUAAUCAUACUGUUGUAAUGUACAAUAGAAAAUUUUAUAUGUGGGGUGGAUGCACCGAAGAUUUAAUUUGUUGUACAAAAAUGUUUUGUUUUGAUCCAGAAGAAGGAAUUUGGUCAGUAAUUCCAUGCAUUGGUCAAGUACCAAUUGGUCGUACAAGGCAUACAGCAGUUGUUUUUAAUGAUAUGAUGAUCAUUUAUGGCGGACGUGAAAAUAAUUUAACAAAUUUUCCGGAAACUGUUUUUGCGUAUAAUUUUACACAAAAUAGAUGGUACGAAAUGAUUAUUGAAGGUGAAAUGCCAGCAAACGGACGAGAAUUUCAUACAGCAUGCAUAAUUAGCAGAAAAAUGUAUGUAUUUGGUGGUAAGAAUGAUUUUGUGAAUGAUUUAGGCUUGGAUGUAUUAAAUUUAGAAACAGGUCGCUGGGAAAAACCGGAAGAAACCGGUGAUAUUCCAUGUGGACGUCGAAAUCAUUCCGCUUGGGUUCAUCAAGGGAUGUUGUAUAUCUUUGGUGGUUAUCAACAUGAUCAUUAUCAGCAUUUAAAUACACUUCAUCAAUUUAAUCCCGAAACUUCCCGAUGGCGUCUUCUGCAACAAUAUGGCUUAAAUCGGCCGAUACCAAGACAACGACACUGUUCUGUUAUUGUUAAUGAUCGUGUCUUUAUAUUUGGUGGUUUGGGGUCAGUGGCUGAAUUUAAUUUACCUCCCAGUAUUGCUGCUGAUGCGCAAUUGGUCAGAGAAAUAGCUGAUCUUCAUGUUCUUGAUUACGAUUUUAAAUUGGAAGAUCUUUGCAUCAUUUCAUUAUUGAAAAAUGGAAUAAGUAACGAUCUUUUUAAUAUACUUCCAUUUUGGAUAAAAUAUGAUAUUAGCAUGAGACUUACACCUAAUUAUGUGACGUGA